AUGAUUUUCAUAAGUUUUCCGACUAUUUCUUUCACAGGGUGGACUAACAAGGAAGCAGACGUUUACUUUCUCAUCGACAGUUCGGCUAGUAUCUGGAUUAUGGACUACAUGAAGCUGCUGCAGUUUGUGGCCGAUCUGGUGUCUGACAUGGACCUGAGUCUCUCCGCCACCAGGGUGGGAGUAGGACUAUUCUCUAGCCAUCAUAGACUACAUAUACCUCUGAACAACAACUGGUCUAAAGAGAAAAUAAGACAAGAGAUCGUGACAGCGCCGUAUUUGAGAGGAGACACUUACUUGUCUAGGGCAUUGCAAGGCAUGCGCGCCGAAGGAUUGUCCUCGAGUAUGACCCGUGCUAGUGCUACACGUAUUGGUGUGCUGAUAACAGACGGCAUGUCUAGACACAAACAGCUGACAGCAGAUAAUGCCACUCUGGCCAAGAUGGACGGCAUUUUUCUCUUCACAGUGGGUGUCGGUCAUGGAGUUGAUCAUGACGAAUUGCGUGAAAUUGCCAGUGAUCCCAAGAAAGAGUUCAACUAUCACGUUCCCAGCUUUGAUUUUUUGAAAGAAAUCCGUUUGAAGCUGUCACAUAGGAUGUCAGAAGUUGGCCUCAUGCAAGGCGACGAGGGAACUUGCGGUGACAAAGACAAGGUGGAUGUCGUGUUUGUGUUUGACCAGGCAGCUUUUGGAGACCAUGCCACACAACUCAUCAGAUCUUUCAUAAUGUCUCUGGUGGCAGAUUUCAGCAUGAACACUGGCAACGUUAGGGUCGGUAUCGUCUCCUCUACAUGCCACGAGAACGAUAAAAUGCUGGGGCAGUACGUUACCAAAGACGACUUCAUCUCGGCACUAAAAAGCAUUGAGACUCCUGAAAUUAGCUCUUUGAUCAAGCGUUCUCACCAGGAAUCGUUUCUAUCCAGAAAUGGUGGAAGAUUUGACGCGAAACACAGAAUGGUUUUAUUACUGCACGAUAGAGGCAGGAAAGUGAUUGAAACUGUAAGACAGGUCUCUAAAAGUAAACACGCUGGAGUUGAGGUAUUCGUAAUUCAACUAGGAACGGACUACAGCAAAGAAUUUGUCCAUCGCUUGGCGUCAAGCAUAGAUAAUGUAAUGUAUGUAGAGUCACCCAGCAAUCUGUCAACAACUGACUCAAAGCAAACAUUUAACCGCAUGUUUUGCAAAGAUCUUUAG